GGAAAUUCCAAUAAAACUUAUUUCGAUUAAAUGUAUUGUGUUUUGAAAACAUCAAUAUUAUUUAAAUUUCAAUGGGAAAGAAAAGAUUUCAUGUGCACCGACCUAAUGAUUCAGGAGCGGAAGAAGAACAGUACAGUCGGUGAAAAGGGGAACGCAAUUAAAUUAUUGAUAGUACCCGUUUGGUAUUUAUGGAAUUUUACAAAACAGCGAAUAUCCUUAUGUUAGUGGUGUGGCUGAAUAUACGAAUGAACACGCAUUUCUCGUAAUAUCACUUUGUGCGAAAUGAUCAAAGGGUUCCUGCGAAAUGAUUAAUAGAUCGACCGAGAAUAACUGGAUUGUGGACAUAUGAUCCCAGUAAUCGUCUAUGAGUUAUACGUAUGUGCAUAGAAUUUAGAAAUGGCAACAGGAGGUAGUAGUUUUAUAAGUAAACCAGCCAGAGGAUGGUUACACCCUGAUCAUUUAGUGAGCAAAGAAGGAAUUACUUACACGGUUAAGUACAUAGGAUGUCUCGAAGUAUACACAUCUAUGAAAAGCUUAGAUUUUGAAACAAGAUCAUGUGUUGCCAAAGAAUGUAUAAACAGAGUUUGUGAAGCAGCCGGAUUAAAAUCUGCGGAUAAAAAAAGAAGGGUGGAUAGAAAAGUGCUGAGGGCAAUAGCAGAUAAGCCACGUAUGGAGCAUACAGGUGCUACUAUAAAUUUGACUAUUAGCAGUUGCAGUUUAGCUUUGACUAACAUAGAGACUGGUCACAUCAUUGCCAAACAUGAAAUGCCACGUAUAUCUUUUGCUUCGGGCGGAGAUACGGAAAUACUGGAUUUCGUUGCAUAUGUUGCAAAGAAUAUGCAAGAAUGGCGCGCUUGUUAUGUGUUAGAAUGUGGAGGAGGAUUGGCACAAGAUGUUAUUUCUACUAUUGGACAAGCUUUCGAAUUACGAUUUAAAGAAUUCCUGACGAAACCAGCUUCAUUACAUCCUAUGUUAAAUGGUAUGCGCGAAGCGGAUAGAGAUUAUUACAAUGAUCUGCCUGGCAAAGUACCACCAGACAUUGGCCCCCCACCAGUGCCCCCCUUGCCAACUGCAUCAACGUUACCCAAUUUGAAACAUCAUCAUUCUGGACAAAAUCAUACAUCGCGAAGCAACGCACAAAACUCUAUAUUACAUGACUCAUUUUCUCCUAAUUCUGAUAGGCAUCACCAGCAAUGGGCAGAAACUGGUAAUUUAAUUGACUUAAAUUCUGAUGGAACGUCUACUACAAACUUCAAUAUAGCUCCUGAACAUAAUUAUGUGAAUGAUAGUGUUAUAGCAGCAAGCAGAGAAAGCCAUCGCGAUCAAACAUCACUCUUUGAUGUAUUUGACAUGCAGCCAUUUAGUUCUGCAAUAUCAGAUAUGAAUAGAUUAAGUCCACAUUCUCAGAAGCAACAAUUAAAACAAGAAAUAUGGUUUCACGGCAGUGUUAGUCGUGCUGAAGCUGAAUCUAUGUUGACAAGAGAUGGUGAUUUCUUGGUUCGUGAAUCUCAGGGCUCGCCUGGCCAAUAUGUCCUUACUGGUAUGAAUAAUGGUACACCAAAACAUUUAUUAUUAAUUGAUCCCCUAGGCGUAGUCCGCACAAAAGAUCGUGUUUUUGAUAGUGUAAGUCAUUUAGUAAAUCAUCAUUGUGACAAUGUAUUACCAAUUAUAUCAGCAGAUAGUGUUUUAGUACUUCGAUAUCCAAUUCCUAGACGUACAAAUAAUUGAUUUUUAUAUAAUUACAAUAGUAUCAAAAAAAAAAGCAAAGUUUACGUUUGGUAUUAGUUCAUUGCAUUAAUAUAUAAAGUAAAAAAGAAUCGAUGCCUGAUACAUAUGAUGCUUUCAAUAAUAAUUCUAAAAUCCGUCAAUCAGUAUAAGUAAUGAAAACAAUUAAAAUUCUAUGCAAUGAGUAUUUACUUCCAAAUUAUAUUUAUGCUGAAAGAUAA